AUGUUGAUCCUCGAGAAACAUGCCAUCAAACAAACUCUUUUAUCGCUUUCCUCACAAGAAUGUCAUCCUCUCCUUGCAAGCCUCCACACCAUGUUGCACAAAUACUGCUCAACGAACGAUGUAAGCCAAAGGAAGACGGAAAGCAUCAUCUCCCCUACAGGCCAAACAGCCUUAAUAAUGCCAUGCUCGACGCCCGAAUCAACAUCAGUGAAGAUUGUCACCGUUGGUGAAGGAGUCGAAGGAUGUAUUAGCCUUCUUACACUUAAUGGAGGGUUAAUCGGCCUGCUAGACGCCAAGGAACUCACUGGAUUCCGCAUAUCUCUGGCCAUCAUAAUCUUAUUUUUGCGAUUUCCUUAUAGCAACUCCUCCAUUGUUGUAUUUGCUGCAGGGAGACAGGCCGAAUGGCACAUUCGAUUAGCCUUGCCUCUUUGCGAUGAUGUGAAAGGGCUAGGUCAGCUUUUCGAUCUUCUAGGUAGAAGCCAUCCAGAGCUCAAAUUCGAACGAUUACGAGUGCGUCUUGCAGUUGCCGACGCCAUCUUUUGUUGCACACCCACCACAACUCCGCACUUCCCUCAUGAGUACCUGUCCAAAGUGGACUCAAAGUAUGCGUGUCUGGCCGAGGCUGGAGAAAUGAUCCAAGCCAGGGUAAAAAGGGAUCAACUGAUUGAGGCCGGGGCAUUGUAUCAGGGCGACGACAUUCAGUUACAUCACGGAAAUCAUGUAUUCAAAUGCGUGGGCCUGGCGAUCAUGGAUCUAGCCGUCACCCAAAAGAUACUAUCUAUGGCUAAGAAGGGACCUUCUCAUUUCUUUCUUUCCCCGAAAGCUGAACCAUAUCCCAUGGAUUUGCGGUGGAAUCGCAGAAUGAGCCUCAUUGAUGAAUCCUCUUGCCGAAGCGGGCCUCGGGGUGUACGUGGAGAGCGGUUGAAGGAAGCUGGCAGGUCCAAGUUGGCUUCAAGAGAAGUAGCAAAGGAAUAG